AUGGAGGAGGAGAGCAUGGAGGAGGAGGGCGGCGGCUGCGAGCCCAUGAUGGACGACCAGAACCACAACAACUGGGGCGCCGGCGGCUACGCGCGGCACCUGCUGGGCCCGGCCGCGGGGCCGCUCGGCGACCGCCUCCUGCGCGGCGGCCCCGGCGGGCUGGGCCCGGGCCCGGCCGCGCCGCAGCUGCCCGAGGCCAACGGCGUCAUGAGGAGCUGCGACCCCGCGGCGGCCGCGGGCAAGGGGGGCGCCGGAGCCAUCGCCGCCGCCAUCAACAUCAACGCCUCGACCUCCAAGUUCCUAAUGAAUGUUAUAACAAUUGAAGACUAUAAGAGCACAUAUUGGCCAAAGCUGGACAGUGCCAUAGAUCAACUUUUAACUCAGAGUCCUGGUGACUACAUCCCUAUAUCCUAUGAACAAAUAUACAGUUGUGUGUAUAAGUGUGUAUGCCAGCAGCAUUCGGAACAGAUGUAUAGUGACCUAAUAAAAAAGAUAACUAACCACUUAGAGAGAGUCUCAAAGGAGCUGCAGGCCAGCCCUCCAGAUCUCUAUAUUGAAAGAUUUAACAUAGCUCUUGGACAGUAUAUGGGAGCAUUGCAGAGCAUUGUGCCUCUUUUCAUAUAUAUGAAUAAAUUUUACAUAGAAACCAAGCUUAACAGAGACUUAAAAGAUGACCUUAUAAAGCUGUUUACGGACCAUGUUGCAGAAAAGCACAUUUACAACCUAAUGCCUUUACUCUUGGAAGCUCAGUCAACACCGUUUCAAAUAACUCCUUCAACCAUGGCAAAUAUUGUGAAAGGCCUGUAUACACUAAGACCAGAAUGGGUACAGAUGGCACCUGCUUUAUUUUCAAAAUUCAUCCCAAACAUUCUACCCCCUGCUGUGGAAUCUGAGCUUCAAGAAUAUGCUGCUCAAGACCAGAAGCUCCAAAGAGAGCUCAUGCAGAAUGGGUUUACUAGGGGUGACCAGUCACGUAAGAGAGCUGGAGAAGAGUUAACUUACAAUGGCUCRUCAGCUUGUGCAAGCUCCAGGGGGUACAGAUAGUGAAUAUACUGGAUCAGCUUCUAUUCCUAGCCAGAACAGACACUGGAGGAGCACAGGUGGUAUCCGGAGCCUCCUUUGGCAACUGCUGAUACUCGAGCUCUGACACGAACUAUGCCUCGAAGAAGAGUUUUGGACUUUCUUCUUUAUAUAAUAAAAUGUCAGUUGCUGCUACAAUUGGAAUGACUUUGAAAGACGUGAUUCCUUGGUCUAGUCUCUCAAUCAGUUCUUGCUCUGCGWUUUUGUGAGGAAUGCACCUUGAAAAACAAUCCUUUCAAAGUGGAAAUGGGUAGCCGAAAUCAGCAGCUUCCAAAAGUGUUAGAAUGGAAGAACCUUUUUUGCACUCUUUUCUUAAUAUUAAGGACAUUCUUAAAACUAGUUAACACAUCAGUGUAUUAGUUUUUAAACUUUAAGGUAUUUUCUGGAGCUUUUACUUAAUAAGAAUAAAGUUUCAUUAUUUUGCAGUAUUUGUUCAUUAGUAUGAAAAUGAUGUCACCUUUUAAGUGUUGGUCCCAUAUAAAGUGUCUUCUGUCAGGGAGUUUUAAAUUUCAGAUUUUCUUUUAUCUGUUUCUUUUUUGUAACUUUCUCUGUUUUAAAAUCUGUUUUCCUAUAUGUUUGUACUCUGUGCCUUCAGCUUGUGCACUUUGCUACUUUAUAGAUCAUAUUUUGUUACUGCAAAACAUGUUCCUGCGGGAAAACUUCUGAUGUGAACAAACAUGCUGCAAAGUUGCACUUUCUCUUGCAUCAAUAGGAGAUGUUUAGGAAGGAAAGAUGAAAGGUUGAAUUUGCCACCCUUGCUUACAGGGCAAAGGAAGUUUGUCCCUUUUUAUUUUUCACACAUUCUGKUGUUUAAUGCUGGGGCCAGCCCUUGGAGAACCCCCCUUGGUAACUUCUCAUGGCUUCCUUAUUUGCAAUAGAUGGAGAUGUGAAUGCUUUAUACCACGUUGUGCAGGAACGACCGUUCUGGCUCAGUUCUGCAGCGUGGGCUGGGAGACGUUUCCCAGUCCGCAGAGCUGCCCUGGCCCUGGGAGAUGCCCCAGACCCCCUGGGGAGCCCCUGGGCUGUGUCCCUUGUCCAGGGGAUGUGAUGGGAGGUGACACGGACGUGGUCAACGUGUCACCAUGUUGGACUGGCAGGAGGAUGCAGCAGAAGCAGUGAGUUAUGGAUGUCACAUAAUGCAUCCAUAUGUUCCCUGCACACCCCCUGCUCCAGCCUUGGAUGAACUCAGCUGGGAUCCAGCCGAGGAGACCUGAGUCC